UCUCUCGGAGGGGGCGGCGCGGUGUCAAAGGAGGAGGGGGGGACGCCUCGAGCUGCUCUUUCAGGGACCUGCCUGCGCUGGCGGCGGUAACAGCAGGAGCAUCCCCUGCGGGCAGCGCUGGCAGCGUCCAGCCAGGAGGCAGAGGAGAGGGAUUUCGCGCUCCCCCGCGGCAGCUCGGCCUCCUCGAUGUGCAGAGGCAGGAGGUGGCGGCGACGCCGGCGCCGGGGCUUGCCUUUGCCUCUCCGGGACUCGCUGCUUGCGCGCUCCGUGCAGCUCUGGGCCAAGCAAGCCAGCAAACAAGGCGCCUGCUGCCUCUAAGCAGCCCUCGCCAGCCCGUCCGGCUGCCGCCUCUUGGCUCUUGCAUCCUUGAUCGACGGCGGCUCGCGCUCCCCCUCCCGCCCCCUUGUCCCCCCUUUCAGUUUUCCCUCCGGAUCCCCUUCUUCCCCCCUCCCCAAAAUCUGGCUGCAGGCAAAGUGUCUUCAUGAACCCCAAGGAUGUCCGGGAAGCACUAUAAGGGCCCCGAAGUCAGUUGUUGCAUCAAGUAUUUCAUAUUUGGCUUCAAUGUCAUUUUCUGGUUCCUGGGCAUAGCCUUUCUUGGAAUUGGACUUUGGGCGUGGAAUGAAAAAGGAGUGCUGUCCAACAUCUCCUCCAUCACUGACUUGGGAGGCUUUGAUCCAGUUUGGCUUUUCCUUGUGGUAGGAGGAGUGAUGUUCAUUUUGGGGUUUGCAGGAUGCAUUGGAGCUCUGCGGGAGAACACCUUUCUUCUCAAGUUUUUCUCAGUAUUUCUAGGAAUCAUCUUCUUCCUGGAACUUACGGCUGGUGUUCUGGCAUUUGUUUUCAAAGACUGGAUCAAAGACCAGCUGUAUUUCUUUAUCAACAACAACAUCCGAGCAUACAGAGAUGACAUUGAUUUGCAGAACCUCAUAGACUUUACACAAGAAUAUUGGCAAUGCUGUGGGGCCUUUGGAGCAGAUGACUGGAACCUCAACAUUUAUUUCAACUGCACAGACUCCAAUGCUAGCCGUGAGCGCUGCGGGGUGCCCUUUUCCUGCUGCACUAAAGAUCCUGCUGAAGAUGUCAUUAAUACACAGUGUGGCUACGACGCCAGGCAAAAACCAGAAGUUGACCAACAGGUUGUUAUCUACACGAAAGGCUGCGUCCCCCAGUUUGAGAAAUGGCUGCAGGACAACCUCACUAUAGUGGCUGGCAUAUUCAUUGGGAUUGCAUUACUGCAGAUAUUUGGAAUCUGCUUGGCUCAGAACCUGGUUAGUGAUAUCGAAGCCGUCAGAGCCAGCUGGUAAACUUGCUGACACAAGUGGCACAAGGCACUGGCCAACCUCCACUCUUGGGAAAGCUCUAGUGUGUCACGUGGCCACCAGGCUAGAUGGGAAUGAGUGACAGGGAAGUCUUGAGUACCCACAUGGUUGGAACUGCCUUAGACUUUUGUUUAUUCUAGAGGGAACAGCUCCAGCCACCUGUUGGCCGACGAAAGCUUUUGAAAGCUCCAGUUUGAACUGUGUUGAGACAUGACUCCCCACUGUACCCUUGACUAACUGGUGGGUGCUCUUUUUUGUGGUAAAUGGUCUGUGUCAGUGAGACCUCAAUUGAUGCAUACUUUACUGGGUGCGCUCUUCAUUCUCCAUGUCACAAACCUGUCUGUAGCUGCCAAACAUGAGGUAAUUUCUCUCAUCAGUGCACAGUAAAAAGAGUGAGGUGCCAUUUCAUCAGACAGAGACCUGGCACUCCUCCAGGAAGAGAACCCAUUAAACAGAAAACCACUUCUUGGCUCUUUUGCUUACUGGCAGAAAAUGAUCCCAGCUUCCACAGGGAGCUUCAAGAUCUGUUCUGUAGCGCCCUCUCUUUGGGACCAACUGUUUUUAAUUGUCUCUCAGCUUCUUUCAACUUUAUUUCACGUGGGAGGACCAGGGAACACGGGGGUGGGGGAGAGAGAAGGGAAUUAAAUUUGACAUCUUUAUAAAUUUAAGGGGGAAUGUGUAGUUACGGUCCUUCUUCACCAUUUAGUUGGCAACCUGUAAUGUAAGAUGGCUGUAUGACCAAGUUUCAGGGGAACUUUUUCAUGAAGAGAAUGAGAAGUGUGGUGAACUUAGAAGAAAAAAGGCCCCACAGUGUACCAAAUUUCAUGAGUAAAAUGAUGAAAUCUGUGGAAUAAGUUUUGGUAUCCUUGUUCCAGCGUUUGACACGGCUGGACAGAUGUACAAGAUGGCCCCUUGAACCCCUCUGCAGGUGGCUUGUUCGCUACUCUCCAUUUUUAUUUUUAUUUUGCAUGUGGUUGCUAUAAUAAUCCUUAGGAAUCUAUUCAGUGUGACUUGUUUGGGCAUCUGUGUUUUUGAGCAGGCUUCCGAUUUCAACUUGCUUAUUUAUUAGUGUAAAGUAGAUUAAAUGAUAGGACAAUUCAUAGGUUUCAUUUUGCAGUGAGAGACAUGGCUUCACUUCUGUUCAGCUGCUCCUGUAGACCACUUGCACAAUCUUAUUUAAAAUCUCUCUCUCUCUCUGUGAGUGAAAUAGAAAUGCUUUAUUUAACAGAAUUCAAAAGGCUAUAAAGAAGUGUAAAGUAAUCAUUAAAUUCACGGGUCACAUUUUUGAAGCAAGUGAAAACAGUAGGACUUUGGAAAAAGCACAACACAAAAACUCCCUCUAGAAUUGUGAUCCUAAAUAUGUUGAUUUUUUUUUUUGCAUGUAAGAGACCAUUGAGACUGGCUUAAAGACUGGCUUCUUGAUUAACGUGAUUUAGAUUUAAAUAGCAAUGAAGAGUACAAAAAGUUCAUGGUGCCUUCUAUGAAAUAAUUAGAUUUAGCAUUUCUUAUUAAGGAGAUGGUAUUUGGUUUAACCCUGUUUCAUUUAGGGGAGAACAACUGAGGUCUCUUCAGUGUGUGACGUGUUUUAAGAUGGAGUGAAGCAAGGGGAAAAAAUCCAGAUAACUAUGGUAAUUGUUGUUUAGACGCCCUAAUUUGAGAAGGAAAACUGAAGUAUAUUCAAAAUAAACUGUGUCUUUAUACAAACCACCUCUUUAUUUUAGUGGGUGGUUGAUAGCCUAAUCUUAUGACUUCCAGAAAAGCAGCCAUUUUGUACCACUGUUUAAAGCACAGAUUAAGGAACUUAUGACCUACAACUCCCUGACCAUUGGCCAUGCUGACUGGGGCUGAAGGGACUCUGGCAAACACAGGUUCUCUGUCCCUUUUAAAGAGUUAAGCAUUCCAAAUACUCUUGGUAUACCUCAUUCUUAAGAGACCCAAUGUGACCUGAUUGCCUGAAUAUUGGGCACUGAUGGGCUCCUGAGGUCAUCUGCAACUGCAGCACCCCUGCAAGUAGUAUAUAUUCAGUCUGUUCUCAUGGACUGCAUAGUUCAGUGAACCUUUGUUAUAUCUUUAUCAUUGUGGAAGGGAGUUGCUGAAGGGAAGGGAACAUAACCUUUCGUCCUGGAGAAGCAGAAGAACAAUAUAGCAUGAGCAAAAAUGGCAAAAUUCUGACUUCGCUUCAGGGUUUGAAGAGCUCAGGAGCCCAUGUGUUUCAGAAAUAAGGCCAGGCAUCCAAGAAAGACAUUGACACAUUGUGUGUAACAAUGAGUAUGUUGAAGAAACAUUCCUUAUUGCUUCUGCUGCGAUUUUAAGUUUCUGAGGAAGAUUUUUCUGCUUUAACAUCUGUAGCCUUUGCGAACCUGGUGCCCUCCAGAUAUUUUGGACUACAACUCCCUUCAGCCCCAGCCAGCACAGCUGGUGAAGGCUGAUCUACGGCUUUGUCAUGACUGACUCCUGCCUUGUUUUGCUCCUUACCUUCACUCUUCCCCACCCCAACCCCCUUGCUGAGAGUGGACUUGUGCAAUCAUUUGUAACUGGUGGAGGGGUGUGUUUGGGUGACUCUUCCGUGUCACAGUGGUAAAGCUUUCUUGUUAAUGUGCUGUCACCAUGUGGUGAAGCUUAUAAUAUCAGACUUUUGGUAAAUGCCAAGGCUUGGAAUAUCUGACUGGUUGUUUGGCAUAAAGAGGAGUUGUCUUGUUGGUCCCAGAGGAGAAUAGACCUAGAUAAUGUUGUGUGCAUGCAGUGUGUGCAUCUCUAGCUCCUGGAGGAAACUUGAGAAAUUUUAAUAACCCCCCUUUUUAAUUUCCAGUGCACUGUAACCCUGUUGGAAAUAGCUAAAUGGUUUAGAUUCCUUUUGCUGUUUGGUGUGUGUUGCUCCAGCUUUUACAACCCUGGUGAAUAGCUCAUUAAGAUUUUAUAGGUUUUAAGGAUCAUGCAUUUGCUUCUAAAUUAAGGGAGCUGUUCGGAAGAACUUUCCAACUCAUUCUCUUAUGCUCAUUCAAGCAUGCAUUCCAUACAGUAUCAAAUGUAGACCUAUUGCCCCCCCCCGCCAAGAGUCCAUGAAUGCAAUUGCAAUUGAAUUACCACCAGGCCUCGGCUGAAACAAUAGGAUGCUAUAAAAUGUGCAUAGAGGGAAUUUCACAGCUCACUUAUUAGGCUGAAAAACAAGCGCCUGCCAGCUGCUAACAAAUUGUCUUUGGCAAUUUCUGAAUGUUGUGAUCUGUUUGUAAGGUGUGUUUUAAACUGUCAGUGUGGACUCAUUCCUGGACCUUUUUUCCAUUUCUGCAUGAGUUUUAGAAGGCUCAGGAGGAGUGGUAUAGCAAUAAAUGUUGAAGUGUAGGAGCUCAUUGUGACAGCCUUCUUAGCCAUGCUCACAAGAGGAGCCUCAUUGCAGGUACCUGUAUUCUGGUAUACACCCACACCAAAGAGCAGCAUUACAUAGCAUAGUACCCAAUUCAGGAUCAGCAUGACUGCAAUCCUAUGCUUACUAUGAAGGUAAGAACUUCCCAGCUUGGUGGUGCUUACUUUUGACUGCAUGGUCUCCACUUGUGAAACACACAGAGCUUUAACAAAAGAUAUUCCUUUAGCUUUAAAAAACUGGUGUAGGGAGCCUUUGGUCCUCCAGAUGUUGUUGAGCUACAACUCCUAUCAGCCCCAGCAAGCAUGGCCAAAGGCCAGGGAUGAUGGGAGUUCAGCAGCAUCUGGGGGGUCAAAGGUCUCCCACAACUGUUUCACUUAGAGGAGCAAACAAUCUUGCAAAGGAGUCACAUUGAUUUAGAUGCCUAGCGAACGAGGAACCACACAUACACACACACACACACACACACACAGAGAGAGAGAGAGAGAGAGAGAGAGAGAGAGAGAAGUAUCCAGCCUCUGCUUCAUUGCUUUCCUCAUUAUCUGCCCUCUAUGCUAAUCUGACAAUGAGUUUGAAGUCUCAUUUAGCACCUGACUCAUUAGCCAGAACAAUGCGGGUUUGUCAAUUACCUUGGCGCUUAGGCAGAUGUCAUUGCUCUGAAAAAGGCUCUAGAGCUGCCUUCCUCCUCUGCACCAUUGCUCAGGAGCAUAUAUUCUUACCUUAAACAGUGUGUGCAAACUUGUCUGCAAGAAGAAACUAAUCUCGUGCAAAAAUCUUACGUAUCAGUAAAUAUCUGUAUCAUAUCACUUGAUGUUUUCAAAGUAGAAGUAUGCAUAUCAGGAAGGAAAGGAAGACAGGUUAACUAGGACCAAAAGCAGAAUGGCAAGUGGAAUAGGGAAAGCAUGGGCAGUUAUGCCUUCCGCUGUAGCAUGCUCGGCAGAUUUAUUUUCUCCCUUUAUGAUUGUUGCAGCCUUGCCUCUUUUUUUUAUCAUCCUGUUCUCUUGGGAAAGGGUGGAGGAGGCGGGUGAAGGAGGGUGAAGGAGAUUUGGAUCUGUUGAGGGCAGGGUUUUAAAAGUAUCUGUGAAAGAAGGGAGAACGAAUUUGGGGGCCUAAAAUAGCCCAAACCAUGUGUCUGUUGUCCAAAUGCUCAGCUACAAAUGUUGCACAUGGAGUGUCUGAACCUCCCAAAUCAGUUCUGAAAGUUCUGUGUGUCACAUUUGGGGCUGAAUGUUUGGAUGUUAGAGGCAAAUGUCCAAGCUGCUUUUCACUACUCAUCUCUUCUUACUUUCCCCCCUCUGUUUGCUCACACAAAAAAGCAAAAUAGUCCUGCUAUAGAAAUGCAAGCAUGAAUCUCGUCUUCUAAACACUGAAAAUCUGGGAAGUUUGUUGUGUGAUGUCCAGAUCAAACAGACCUGAUUAACAAACCACAUGUUAAUGUGUUGUCUGCUAGCUAAGUUAGCUCUUACAAACAUACACAUCAACAUUUCCUGGACAAUGUUGUGAUCACAGUUAUGGAGUGACAGUGGCUCAUUCUCUUGUAUGAAGUCAAAAGCUACCUUUAGAGCCCUCCCACAUUGUAGAUCAGCAUUCAUAUUGUGUUCUCUGCACUGUACAACCUCCUGCCUUGGAAUUUCUUUAUUGCUAUAGUCUAAACCUUUUCUUAAAUAACUUUAGAAAUACUGAAUUCUGAGUGAUUCAACUUGAUAUGAGGUUCCUGUGCCAGUUCUAAUGUUUCCAGUGGGAAGCGGUGGAAACCUUGCUUUGAUUCUCCUCCUGUUUUCUGAGCAGAGUCUUACUUUCUUUCAGCAAGAUGCUUAAGUUGUUACGAAAUUAAGACUUGGAACCUGGCCUUUGUAGGUUCUAUCUGACAUGUAAAUAAUUUUUGCAAUGUAAAUAGUAGCAUGCAGAUGAUCUGAUCCACAAUGAGGAUUGCAAUUCAUCAUUAAUGUGUAUUUAUACUGAGGAUGUAUGAGAUGAGUUUGCCUGUGUAUUUGAAAUUUAAAAGCUUUACAUAUCUGAUCAUGCCUGGAAUGCUUUAAUAUGUUGCCAUCUAGUGUCUGUCUGGUAAAACUGCAGCUUCGCAAAAUUAGUGAGAACAGCCACGUUUUUUGUUAGUUCAAGAACUGCUUUGAAUCUCUUUUUACUACCCACUUUCUGUUGUGAUUAUAUAGUCAGUUGCAACUACAGGAGCUUCAUGUACUAAUGUACUGUCCUGAAAAUGAAUAUUUUUGCUUGUCACGCUUACCAAAGACAGCUGAAGAGAGAGAACAUUUGAAUGGGAAUAUUGAGGUCCCUCCUGAAAUGCUUGCUCACUAAUGGCUACAGUGCAAAGCACCAGUGGUGGCUGGUGGCUUCGAUGUCAAUGGGGCAAUGGAAUCUGCUCUGGGUUUUAGUCCAAGCUUUCAAGGAACUGUCCAAGGUGCUUCAGCAACUUGAAAGUUUGGCCUGAAAGCUGGAGUGGAUUCCUCUGCCUAACUAAUAUGGAGCCAUCAGCUUGCCCACUGCAAAGCACAAUUGAGGAAAUAUGUGGGUGGACCUGAAUAGGGCCACAGACACCGUGCUCUCUCCAUUCUUCCCAGUAUCAUCUGAGUAUACAUGGCACAGUACUAGGAGUGCUCUCCUGGAAAACAGGUGGGGAUAUAUACCUUUGUGGUUGCCACUGUUUCUUAAUGCCUUUGCACCUUUUAAUGCUCCUGUCCAACAUGCUGAAAUAGCUGCCAAUGGUGGUUUUUUGUUUUGGUAGAAGCAGAGGAAGCCCCUGUACCUUGCAUUGGCCCAACUAUGGGGCCCCAAAGGGCAGAAGACCCUGCAGGCAUGUUUGUUUUUGAGGAUAGGUUGUGCUGACUGAAGAAAAACCCCAUUGUUGUAAGAGAGACUCUUGAGUCUCACACACUGAAAUAAUGAAGUUUGCCUUGAGAGGGCACAUGCCGUUAGGUGUCUCCAGGAGUUCAAUGCCAACUGCCCUUACAGUGCUCAGUCUUCAUUGUAUGCAGUAUAAUUAAAGCAUAUAUGUGCAUCAGAAUUUUUACCUCUGCCAGCGGGAGGUAUGUCUACAUGCAACUCUUGAAUGUUCCUUUUUGUGGUCUGAACGCAACCACUUCCAUGGAGGUCAACAUGUUUUAUUUGCGUGGGGGGAGACAGGUGGAAAAGGUUACACUGGAUUUUUCUAAAUCCAGUGCAACGUGUUUCAGGGCUGACCUGUGAGCAGGAUACACUUCUUCUACCUCCUGCUUGUAUCUUUCCCAUACAAUCUGGUCUGAUUUUCAAUUUUGGUGUCACUUCAUAUGUAUGUUGCUCCACAGGAAUUCUUCCCACAACAUUCCCAUGGAGGGAAAACUCAGCACUGGAAGAUAGUGCUUCCUUGUCUCAUGUCGCUCCUCAUUGCUUGCCGAUACCUUGGAAGAGAAGCAGUGUGCUUUGGGUUCCCAUGUGGGUGCUCACAGAUUGCCUUACCUUUGUGAGAACAUCAGGUUUGGCUUUCAAUCAGUGCAAUGUACUUUAAGCAAAAUUGGUAGGGAAUGGCAGAGAUGCAAGUGUGUGUAUGACCCAUACAUCCAUGAUAAAGUUAACUGCCCACAGCUACAAUCCUAUACAAUUAAGCACCAUUGAAUUUGGUGGGGCUUGCUUCUGAAUAGGUAUACGUAGGAUUGCACUGUUGUAAAGCUAAGUAUCCAAACCACUGUACAGUCUUACAGAGUAUGAAUGAUGAUAAAAGUAAAUUGCAUCUGUAAGUGUCUCACUGCAUAGUAUGUGCCUAGGGAAGAUGAACUUGAACCAAAGGUGUUAUCUUCGUACUUAAAACUUUGAAGAUUUGGCAUGGGGAUCUAUGACUUUGCUUCAUUUUCAAACAUUAAAAAUCUGACUUCACUUCCAAGUGACUCUCCCUAAACCACUGCACGUUGCAAUGAGGGGCACUCACUGUAAUUACUGUUGUGUUGUGGGGUUUUUUAUUUGAAUGUAUUUUCCUUAUUGAACGUUUUGUAAGUUGCUAAAUUGAUUGUAAAAAGCCAAUUACAUUUACUGAUGAUGGAAAGUAUUGUUAUAACAGAACUGCAUGCCAGUACAGUUUGACUGAGAUUGUGCCGCCUCAUUCCCACUUGGUCAUGCUUGGUGUAGAAAUGGAUAUAUUUUGUCAUUUUCCCUUCACAACAGAAUAUAUGGUGUAGCGUAGCCCAUGCGGAUUCCAGUGGAUGUAAUUGGACUUCUACAUGAAGUUAACACAACCUCAUCGUGUUAGUUUUUGAGGUAUUGAAAGUGGUCUUCAUCAUGCUCUUUGUACCUUUUUUUUAAAUAGAUGCAAUUUUUAGGAAUGUUUUAAUACAUGUAUGAUGGACAACAUAGUUUUACUAGUUGUGCAGUAUUCUGUAUUUUACUUGAAGUAAAUCAUUUUAUAUGCAAUUUGUUAGUAUAAUUACAGUUUUAUAAAUAAAAUUGAAUGACAUUUUGGGUCUACUUUUCACUCUCGGAUGUACCAAAAUGUUCUGCUCAAAGCUAAACCAGUUAUGUAAAAAGGCUCAGAAAAUGUUACUGGGAAAAUAAACAUC